CCAGGGUUAUCUGACGACGUACAAAAAGUGGACGGGCCUCUCUUGUCUCCCCCUCCACCACAGCGGUAGUCGCAGUACGUGCGAACAUGGAGCGUCAGAUACUCACGCUCAGGAUUGUCGGAGCCCUUUUCAUCGGGUCAUGUCUGCUCGCGCCGACACUCUGGCAACCGGCUCUCGAUGCAAGCUGGGCCUGGCUGCUGCGACGGUCCCUCUUCAAUGCCUCUUACUUUGAGACGCUCUGGACAGUGUCUCUCUACAUCCUGUUUGAGUCGUACUAUGUGUCGUUGGCCACGACUAGCAAGCCCCGACCUCCGAUGCCAAAGCGCGUAGACCAGAGGGCGGGAAGGGCUCACCUAUGGAAGAAUGGGACCGUGCGCGUCCGAAAGCUGAGGGGAAGGCUGAGCGAGCUUGUCGUCUACGUUGCGCCGCUCCUCCUUCUUGACCUCAUCCUCAUCAAGAAGUUCAAAGGGGUUGCGUGGCAAGACAUCGUGUCCAGUGGAGGCUACGAGCCCCACUCGCUCCUCAACGCCACAUACUCAAGCCCGGCCAACAUCAAAAGCACCAACUUUCUAGCCCCCUCUAUCCACAACUUUUCGUUCUCAUCGCCGCUGCAGCUAACGCGUGCUCUUCCUCCCCGCCCGAUCACCUCACGACGCCUCGUCGUCGAGCUUCUCUCGUCAUUGGUUCUCUACGACGCCCUCUUCUUCGUGGUCCACCUUUCGCUGCACAAAAUCCCCUUUCUCUACUCGAAGCUGCAUGCUACGCACCACGACCACGCAGAGAUACAUGCCCAGAUCACCAACAGGCUGGACCUGGGAGAGCGUCUCCUUCUCGUCCUUACGGCCAACUUUAGCCUCCAGAUCAUUGGGGCCCACGUCAUGACGCGCACCGCCUUUGUCCCCGCCUUUGUUCUUUUCCUGGUGCAAAACCAUUGUGGUCUCGAUGUGCUCUCCUACGACAAGAUCCUUCCAAAAGGAUGGGGCGCCGGACCCUCGGUGCAUGCUCAGCACCACCGGCUCGGCACUACAGGCUAUGCACCUUAUCUCCGCUGGUGCGACGACCUGUAUGAGCGAUUGACGUCUUCUCGAAGCAACGUCGAGGCCCAGAGGCGCAAAGACAGCGAGAAGAUGGCCAGGCUCCUUGACAAGACUGGAGUAAACAGUGACUAAUUCAUCUUGUUUCAUUUGAGAUGCCUUUUUAAUGUCGAACGAGCCAUGCUUAACCACCAGAGCGUGUUGAGGAUCAGGAGCGACGCUGUGCCUGUCUUGCACUGGACAGGAAU